GGAGGGGAGGAGCCGGCAGGGAGGAGCGGAGGAAACGCCUGGCGGGGCCGGAGGAUGCGCUCCUGCAAGGCGGAAGGGGAGAGGGUCGCUCGGGACCUGCAGGAGAUGGUUUCCUUUCUCACUAAAGAAGAAACAUUCAAACGUUCGAUUUCCUGUUCAUCUUAAAGCGAUGCAGCGAAGGAAUUCACGUUGCUUUUGUAACAAAGGAGUAAUAAAUCAUGGGAAACCCAGAGGUUACAACUGAUGCUUAUGUGGCUGUCAUUCGUCCCAAAAAUACUGCAAGUCUGAAUUCUUGUGAAUAUCGGGCCAAAUCGUAUGAGAUUUUGUUGCUUGAAGUUCCAAUCGAAGGACAUAAGAAAAAAAGACGGAAAAUGUUGUUGGAAACUAAACUCCAAGGAGGCAGUGAUGUAACUCAAAGUAUCUUGGAUUAUAUACUAGAAACCACAAAACCAAUUUCACCAGGAAAUCAAGGUAUCAAAGGAAAAAGAGUAAUGUUAAUGAAGAAGUUUCCUCUUGAUGGAGAGAAGACUGGCAAAGAUGCACCGCUUUUUGUUGUACCAACGGUUGUGAAAGAUAAUACAAAAUAUGCAUACAGUCCUGGAUGCCCAGUUUUCUAUUGCUUACAAGAUAUUAUGAGAGUCUGCAGUGAAUCAAGCACUCAUUUUGCUACACUGACGGCUAGAAUGUUAAUUUGCUUGGAUAAGUGGCUAGAAGAACGGCAUUCGCAGUCACAUUCUAUCCCAGCUUUAUUCAGACCCUCUCCCCUAGAGCGGAUUAAAACAAAUGUCACAAACCCUGCAUAUGCUGUUGAACCUGGGCAAACAGAGAGCUCACUUCACAUGGGAUACACUGCACUAGAAAUCAAGAGUAAAAUGCUGGCACUUGAGAAAGCAGACAUGUGUAUCUAUAACCCCUUAUUUGGGUCAGAUCUUCAGUAUACCAAUCGGGUUGAUAAAGUGGUUAUAAACCCAUACUUUGGACUUGGCGCUCCGGACUAUUCAAAAAUACAGAUUCCAAAGCGUGAAAAAUGGCAGCGCAGUAUGAGCAGUGUCAUGGAGGACAAGGAAAGGCAGUGGGUUGAUGACUUCCCACUUCACCGCAGUGCUUGUGAAGGAGACAUUGCAUUGUUGAGCCAACUUCUAGAUGAAAGCCUUUCAGUAAACCAGUUGGACAAUGACCACUGGGCACCUAUCCAUUAUGCAUGCUGGUAUGGAAAAGCUGAAGCCACUCAGAUGCUGUUAGAGAAAGGCAAAUGCAAUCCCAACUUGCUGAAUGGACAGCUGAGCUCUCCUCUACAUUUUGCUGCUGGGGGAGGACAUGCUGAUAUCGUUCAGAUUCUCCUAAGCCAUCCAGAAAUUGACAGACAUAUUACAGACCAACAAGGAAGAAUACCGUUGAACGUCUGCGAAGAGAACAAGCAAAAUGAAUGGGAAAAAACAGCUAAUUUGCUGAAAGAAGCUAUAAAUAAGCCAUAUGAGAAGGUACGAAUUUAUCGAAUGGAUGGAUCCUACCGCUCUGUUGAGCUAAGACAUGGAAACAACACGACAGUGCAACAGAUAAUGGAAGGAAUGCAUCUUGCUCAAGAAACACAGCAGUACUUCACUAUUUGGAUCUGUUCUGAAAAUCUUAGUCUCCAGUUGAAGCCAUAUCACAAACCUCUGCAGCAUGUCCAUGACUGGCCUGAAAUAAUCACUGAACUGACAAACUUGGACCCUCAAAGGGAAACUCCACAGCUUUUCUUGAGGAGGGACGUGAGACUUCCUCUGGUGGUUGAAAAAAAGAUUGAGGAUCCACUGGCUAUUCUUAUCCUGUUUGAUGAGGCCAGGUACAAUUUGCUGAAAGGCUUCUAUACCUCACCUGAUGCCAAGUUGAUAACGCUUGCAAGUCUUCUGCUGCAAAUAGUCUAUGGAAAUUAUGAAAGUAAAAAACACAAACAGGGCUUCCUGAAUGAAGAAAACUUAAAGUCUAUAGUACCAGUCACAAAAUUAAAAAGUAAGGCACCACACUGGACAAACAGAAUACUUCAUGAGUACAAGAGUCUCAGUACCAGUGAGGGCGUGAGUAAAGAGAUGCAUCACCUCCAGCGCAUGUUUUUGCAGAACUGUUGGGAGAUCCCAACAUAUGGAGCUGCUUUUUUCACAGGACAAGUGUUCACAAAAGCAAGCUCAAGUAAUCAUAAAGUCAUCAGAGUGUAUGUGGGCGUAAAUAUCAAAGGACUGCAUCUUCUAAAUAUGGAAACCAAGGCUUUGCUCAUAAGUUUAAAAUACGGUUGUUUUAUGUGGCAGUUGGGAGAUGCAGAUACCUGUUUUCAGAUUCAUAGCUUGGAAAACAAAAUGAGUUUUAUAGUGCAUACAAAGCAGGCAGGUCUCGUCGUGAAACUGCUGACGAAAUUGAGCAGCCAGUUGAUUCCUGGGGAAAGAAAUGACUAAAAUAAGAAUAGCUGUUCCAUUAAUUUUAUAAUACUUGUAUUAUGAGUGAAAGCCUUGCAUGUAUAUGAGUUGUACAGGGUUUAAAAUGUUAAGCUUAUUGACUUUCAGAAGUUACACUGUUUGGUAUACUUGUAAAUAGCAGUUACCUUGCUAAAUCCUUUCUUUAUGUUUUAUUGGAGAAUAAUAUUUUGUGUAGCAAGAGUGUGUGCAUAUAAACUCAAAUGUACGAAUGUUAAAUGAAAUCAAGUUACUUAUAGAUCCUAAUAGAUUCUAGAAAAAGUGUAGAAUACUUUUUGUGUGUGUAGGCAAUAUAGGUGCAAGUGUCAUAUAGCGGCCAUAGUUCAACUUUGUAACUACAAUUGAUUUCUCUGCAAUCUCAAAGCAGGUGUGCAUUAGGGCUUCCUGAGGUCUUUCACAGCCUCUGAGAAUCUGAAAAUGUUCCAGGAUAGCAUUCAGUAAAGCUGAAGUUGGAUGGGAAGAUCAGAAACAAAAUGUGCACUUUUCAUUAACACACAGGGUUUGCGGGAAACCAGAUGCUUUUAGUUAGGAUUUGUCACCCUUUGCUUUAAAACUCAAUUUGAAAAUAAAAGUCACAUUAUAUAUCCAGUAUAAUGUAUGGAAAGAAUUGCUAAAAGCUGCCUUAAAUCAUGCCCGACGCUGGCUGAAUUUGGCAUAUUUCCUUUUUUACUUAUAACAUUAUUUUAGUUCUAAUUUAUUUGUGUGUAAUUUCUCACGUACCUCAUUUGUAUAAGUGUUUACAAAGACUUUUAUAUAAUUUUUUAAAAUAAAACUUUCCUAUUAA